AGCACCGCGUGUACGCACCCAGCGCUGUCGUGCCAGGUGACAGCACUGACAGAAGCCAUCGCACCCAGUGCCCGUGGCACCUUGGACCGGACCUGCGUACCUUGGAUAAUGGCCGGAAGCAUUCGCCAGUGCGAGGAAGCCUGCCUGUCGUCGACUCCCUUCUCGGUGGACGACGACAGCCCCGGCGACGAGUCUCCGGACGGAGGCAGUCCCGCCGCCAUCUCCAUGGCGCCUUCGUCGCGAGGUUCUCGCUCGUGCGAAACCGUGAGCAAUAGUCCCGUCCGGCAAGUGAUCAGCCCCCCACCGAGCUGGAGGCCCAGUCCUUGGUCGCCCUCCCACAGCGCCCCGGACCUUAGAAUCGCCAAGCCUGGGACGGUGGCGACGCCGUAUACGACGCGCUUGGUCGGGGCAUCCACGGCCUCCGGCCCGGCCCGCGCCAAGAGCCCCUUCUGGUUGACUUCGCCCGACAGCGUCCAGCCGCAACUGGUCCCCGGGUUGGGAGAGGCCGUCGAGUCGCAACCGCACCCACCUGGAUCCGGAGACGGAGAGGAUCCCACCACCGACAAUCAUCACACCACAGGUGACAAUUCAGUUUUGAACUACAGAGAACAAUCGGCAUACAAAAGUGGCUCAGUCACCUCGUGGUGGCUGGUGCCCGUGGUGGUGCUGGGCGCAUGCGCGGGCCUCCUGCUUCUCGCAGUGGCCGCUCUGGGCACCACCUACACCUAUCGGUCGGUCAUCGCGCGCAUUGCAGCUAUUCAUCUGCAGCAUCUGCAGAUAUCCAUAUAA